GGUCAGUUAUCUGCUGCACUUUCUGUGAUGGUUGCUGGCUUCUCUGAAAUACACCGAAAGCAUUUUCCUCAGGUGGAACAGACCCUUUCUGAGGAGGUUCUCCUGGUCUCAUCCAUGCCUUGCUUCCACUUAGCUCCUCAGUACAUCUUGCUUGGAGUGGCUGAAGCCUUGGUAACUCCCUCUUGUUCAUUGCUAUCAUUCUGGCUUGUACCAGAAAGAAUUCGAGGAAUUUCCAUGCAUUUUUUAACUCUCUUCAAUGGAGCUGGCUGCUUUAUGGGAGCUUUCUUUGUUCAGACAUCCCACGCUGGCACUCAAGGCAACUGGUUUCCACACUUGCUACAUGAAGGUAAAUUGGAGAGAUUCUUCUUCUUCUUGGCUUCCUUGAUGAUGGUGAACACCCUUGGGUUCUGGACCAUUGCACACAGAUACAGCAAUCUGAACCAGGAGUAUACCAGUGAGUUCAGAGGAAGACUUUCUGAGGAAAAAGAAGUCUUUCUGAAGCAUGACAAAGUCAUCGAGCACUAUGGUAGUGUCCUGGAUCAUUCUUCCAUUUUAUCUCCUAUGGAGACAACCUGAAAAGUUUCACCCUUGUUGCACUAAAUUUUGAUUGUAUCUAUAAGCUUUCUAAUGAAAAAUAAUGUAGUGCACUUUAAUGGAACCACCAAUGUAGUUACUAAUCACCUUAGGAUUAAUGUUAUUUAUAAGUUUACAAAAUAGCAAUUGUCUUAGGAUUUAGCCUUGUAGAAUGCUGCACUGUCAUAAUGCAUGCCACGGACAAUGAGAGCUCACUGCUUUGCAUGGUUGAUGUAGAGAUGCUUUUAAUCUGUAUAGGAAAAAGGACAGAUAUUCAUGUGUAUUUAUGAUUAAUAAUGGUUAAAAAUUAAUAAAUUCGUGUAUAUAUUUGUUUAGCAAAUUACUGUGACAGUAACAUUUGAAAAUAACUUUGUAGGCAGUAUUAAUUAAUUCAUACUUGUGAAGUGGGAGCCUUGUGUUAUUCCUGGUUAAUAUUUACCUGCUCUCCAAUUUCAGCAAGUUGCUACUUCACCUUAGUUUCCUCUUCAGGAAAAUGGACACCACCAUGCUAAACUUCUCUAGAGAUUGCCUUGAUGUCUACCAGGAAUAUACUGAAUAUUAUAAGCUAGUGACAAAUCUUUAAAAAUCUGGUGUGAGGCACUUGUGCUGAGGCAUCUAGCCAUCACUUAGCAGAAGCACUAUGGGAUUUGUCAUUCCUAGAGGAUGAUAUACGGUAAUGUUGCUAGUGGGAGAUCCAGAGGCUACAAUUUAUUUAGAUAAAAAUCACUAAUUGUUACCCAGUUGGAGAAGGUGAAAGCUGUUAGGAAGAUAUUAAGGAAAGUGCAGACACAGCUGCAAGUUGAGGAAGAAACAAUUAACAAAAUUGAAAUUAAUGAAUUAAUGAAAUUAAUCUUAAAAAUCUAAACAGUGUUAAGCACUCCCAAAACUGACUUGUGAUGCUGAUCAAACCUUUUUAAGUUAUAUUAAUAAAAUGAUAAUGAGGAAAAUAUUAGGGCUCUCAAUGUAAUAAAGAAACAUACAAAACCCGAAAACUAGAGGAACACUUUGAUUAAAAGUUGAUAGAGUUGAAAAUUUAAGUUGUCAGAAUGCUACCAGACACAAGGAAUUCUAUACCACAGGAGAAAUCACACUGAAUGCACACAGUGCUCUGAAGUGACACAGUAGUUUAUGCACUGAAACUGUAAAAGAGUUGAUGAAGGUAAUCACAGCACUGUUAUGCAUUUAACCAUGCUGCAGGUGGGGUGGGGAGCAGUGAGGGGGAAGCAAAAUACAGUAAGUAUAUCUAAGAAGUAGAAGGGAAGGCAGUCAGGACUGUCUCAGAGCUGUUAGUUUGAUCUCACUAGUAUUUAAGGUUUUAGUUUUAAAAAAAAAAAGUA